AUGGCUGAGCCCAGAGGGAAACAGAAGCAGCAAAGUUCAGCUCGUCCACUUGUUAGCUGCACGGAGAGCGGAGCUGUAAAACAGGUCCAUCACGCAGCCGAGGCAGAGAGAGCGAGCCUCAGCAACCCUGUCUGCAGGCUCAGCAUUUCUCCACUAACUGAGGUGAUGCCAGAUAGAUCAGACCCUGCUCGGCGGUCUUAAUACCUGGGGCUUUUACACUUUAAAGUCUCCACUUGACAAAUGACCCGUGUUUACAAAGUGCACCUCGCAGGCCUCUCGACUUGUAGAGCAGCCAGUGGCAGUGAACCCUGAGAGUCUGGUCCAGGUUUUACAGAAAGAGAAGGAAACCACUCUGAGAAGAAGAGGAUUUAAUGGAGCGGGGUUACACCGGAGGGUGAUGCUGAGGGCUGCAGCCAAAAAAAGCAGCUAUAAAGUUUAGAGUUAACUGUUUCAUUAUGUGACUCUAAGUAUAACAAGGUAAUUUGUGGAAUUAUAUGAAAGUGGAGAUACUUAAAAGGUGAACCAAUUUAGUUCUUCAUCACGAUUGAGGGCCGAUGAAUUCCUGUCCUUAACUCGGAGGGCGACCUCGCAAACUUUGCAUCAUUUUCUCUUAAAUGGAAGAGCCGCUCAGAGGGCACAACCUCACUUUUCCUCAGGCGAAGGCGUCCUAAAGGGUUCUGCUUCACAGUUUCUCAGAGGGACUGCUCACAUUUCUCAGCUGAAAGCAUAUCCGAACAAAAAGUCUUUUCUCCAAUGGGAAACCAACCAAAUAGGGACAACACUUCAAAGGUAAGAGCGUUCUACAAAGAUUCAUCUUUCUCCACUCACGAUCACAAUAACACAGACUUUUUUUUCCCUACAGACGUUCGACUUGUGGUCCAGGACAUGCUGAAGAACCUUUUAGGGGUCUUCAUCUUCCAGGACACCUUAGAAGGUUUCUCCACUUGAGGAGAAUUUCAUAAGUUCUCUCUACAGCAAUAAUAAAGUUGUGUUUUCUUCAACUGAAUCAAAUUUCACCUCCAUGUUUCAUGUUUUCUCUGCUGCGUUUCAGGACGCUUCAUCACUUUUUGACCACGAGAGGAGCAGGACGUGUUUUCACCUCAGUAGAGCAAAAGAUCUCCAUCAAGUUUUCUCCACUGGAGCUCAACCCCCUCAGCAUUUUCUCCACCGGUAAGUCACUUUACAAAGUUCUGGGUCCUGUAGCUCCUCUGUUGGGGUUUUUGUUAACCAGAGAGGAGACGUAGAGGCCAGUAUCUCAAUCUUUUUAGUUUAUUUAAGGACUUUACAUCAUGCAUUUUCUCCACUAUUGAUGGCACGAGUUUUCUAUCGGGUAAAUAUGUUGUCAAAGCAAUAAGUUGGAUGCUUACACGAGUACAUUUUAUUCAAAUAUACCACCAGAAUUAAAAUGCACUGUCUCAAACUCUUCUGGCUUGGAUACAGCAAAUAAAAUCAACAUAUUGCAGUUUGUAAUUUCCUUCAGAGGAGAAGUGAGUCCACCAAACUUCCUAAAUUUACAUUUUGCUCAUCAUUAGCAGAAACAUGACUCAUGUCUCCUCUUGUACUCUUUAGGAAACUCCUCGUUCCUCGUGAAGGUCAGAGAGAUGAGGUGGUUCAGGGUAAAUGUCAACAAGACGUGACAUUUUCUUUUCAUUUUCUACCACAUCCGUGAACUUUUGUAACCUUUACCAAAGUAUUUUUGCCGCCAAAAACCGACCGCAUGCUCAGAUGAUUUUACAAACCUAAAGUGAAGCUGCUCCUGGCAGAACUCAUGUUUACUCCAGAGAAACUACUCGGCACACAGUUUUAACAUCAUUCAUGACUGCUUGAACAGUGUGCAGAGAGUCACACUCUUCCUGCAUAACGGGAAAAUUCUAGUGACUUUAAAUUCCUUGAAUAAGAAGAGGCAGGUGGAAAUAAACAAGCUGCAAAGACGACAGUGACAUCUUACUUACAGAAAAACACACUUUUGAGAUUUUAUGUUGAGCAGUAUGUGCAGAAAGUCCUGCAAAACUAUUAUUUGAUGAAAAGCAAGCCAGUGCACAGGACAGGGAGGAAGCAAAGUAUAUAAAUUUUACAGUCAAGGAUAAGAGGGAAUGCUUUGUCCACAGGGGGCGCCAAAGUCAACUCAAACAGAAUAAAACAUUCUGUCAUGGAGAGAAAACUGUCUGCCCACAAAUAAUGAGACACAUUCAGCUGCUGAAAAAUGCAUCUCAGCCUCCUAGCAGUGAAAAUAAUCAUCCACACGAUUACUGUCACAAUAUUUACUUGUUUACAGAGCGACUCAAAAGGCUUAAAAAUGCACUCAUGCACAAGCCUCAGGCGGUGCUGCUGACCCACCUCGAGGUAAUCAGCGCUGCAUUCAGGGCAUUUCACUCUGAGUUUUUUUUUCCUGGGGCAGGUCGUGCACGGGGUGUUUUUCUCCAAACAAACACUGCAGGGGGAACACCAGGGAAACAAAUUCAGGGAGUGAGUGAGAAAGAGAGAGAGAGAGAGAGAGAGCAAUUGCAAACACAUGUAGCAGGAGGCCUCGGCGGGCACCAAGGAAUGUUGUGUUCCCCCUGUCGGCCUAAUUGCCAGAAACGACUUCCAGAUGUGGCAGACAGAGGCUAAAGCCGAAAACAUACAGGAUACGUAUUGAGCGCGUUCCAUCAGCGUCGCGUAUCUGCUUUGUAGAGCAGCGCUGUCUAUUGCAUACAGAAUGCGUAUUUGGAUCCUGUAUGUUUAAGGCUUAAGGUGGCGUGCAUCUACAGAGAGGUAUUACAGGACAGGGAGAGUCUGUAAACAAUAACAGGCAGGAUGAAGAAAUAAGCUAAUCCUGGUGAUGUAAGGAGUAAAGUGUUCAUACAUCUACGAGGCUGCAGAUACUUUUGACCAUCUUGACUGAAAUUUGACUGAAAAACGUUCAUUUGUAGACCUCUAUUCAAAUGCAACACCAGACUGCUCUCUUAAACUUGAACUUUCUUCAUGAAGGCUCCUCUGACUUCCCUCCUCUCUCUAUGAUCCUCUCUCCACUUUUCAUGGUGGGUCUUCAAGUACUCCCAGUUUGCUUCCACUUAAGAGGCUUUGCAGUGUUCAGAGAAAGUCCUAUUUGAACCCAAUUAACCAUUUUGUCCAUUUAAGAAUAAGAAGUUAAAACGAUGUUUGGUGUCUAGUACUAUGGCUGGGACCAUAUUUGUCCUGUUGAUGAAGUUAGGUGCUGUUCUGAGCAUUAUUUGUGGCUAUAAAGUGGCAUUUUGGAUUAGAUUUGCCCGUGGAGACAUAGACCGCUGUGUUUUGCUAUCGUGCGAUGGUGCUGUAGUUAGUGGAUCUAGAGAAGCAAGCAGUCGGCAACAUUCAUCUCUUGAGGGGUGUCUAAUUUGGUGUUACGGUGUGUUUGACCAUAACUUAAAUUUGUCCCUUUAACAUCCAAUCCUUUACUGUCUGAUAUCAGACUGUAAAUCUCCACACUGUCCUCUCUCCAGUUCUGUGAUACAUCCCAACUAAAGACGAUGAAUCUGAGGCACAGAUGGCGUGAAAGCCUGGACCGUGUGAUCUGUCAGAAAACCCAACAGAAAACUCUUCCCAGACUUCCACUGUACUCCUCAUUCUCGUUUUCUGAAAGACCCCCGCUGUGGAUAAUCGAGCCAACAUCGAAACGUCCAAAAACACUUUCACCACCUAAUUAAAUCUGUGAUCCUCAGACCCGGAGUGAUUUAUCUCUCUGAGGCUUCUGCUCUGAUGUAAGGCCUUUCAAAGCUGAUUGUCAAGGUAACCUCUCCGAAUUUCACGCCUCUCCCUUUAAAUUAGCUUAUCCCUCUAAGUGCGAAGAAUAAACCUCGACGGCGUGGAAAAACUUGAUCUCCCGCUUGCUUUUUUGGGGCCUGUUAACACAAGAUAUGGAGUUUUCCCCGUCUCCCGACUUUCCCUCAGAUAAUCCCUCGUGGAGAGGAAAUAUCUGACCCAGCCGAUGAUUCCUGGAGCCCCGCUGCGCCUCCAUCAUGGAUUAGCGGAGCUGAAUCGGGAUCAGAGGAGAUAGAGCCGAUGGGCAGAGGGACCAUCCAGGUGUGAAAGAGCACACAUUUACUGUCAUGGUUAGGAUCAUCUGAAAAUGCAUGAAAUUUCCUCGCUGGAGAUGGACUCAUAAGAAGGUCAUUAGACCUCUGAACGCUGUGCAGAAAUGUCCAAAAACCUCUGCAGAGUAAAGUGGACGAGUGUGACAAUGAGUGAGUGAGUGUGUGAGUGUGUGUUUGGGCUUUUUCUGCACACACACCCUUUAAUAUAUUCAUCCAUCUCCACUUAGUAUUAGAAUUGAAGGUCAGCCUUCUGAAAUAAGAAGCGGUCGGCCUCAAAAUUCAAUUUGUGCUUCAUUUCGAGGCUGCAGCGGAGAUGUUAAUAUGUAUACUGGGAGGCAGGUUCAUUUCAUACGCCGCACACAGGCGCCUGCUGACAUGUAACCACCGCCAGCUCUGCAAGAUAGCAUCCAAACCUGCACGGCUAAAUAAAUAAGAGGCAUCACUGAUCAGCCACAGCCUGAGAGUUACGCAAGGAUUAUUUAGAAAUACAGGGGUAUGCAAAAGUGGGAAAACUGAAGAAGGAAGAGAGGGAAGAAGAAGACACAAAGUGAGGCAGAAAGAGAGAAAUGAAGUGUGGAGGAAGUGUGUGUCUGCAGAGUGAGAUACAGACGGCUGCUCACAGACAGACUCCAUGAGGAUUUACAGCUUUUUAAAGACUCCUGCUGUUGUCCUCUGAGGUUUUCAUUUAGUGAGCAGCUCAGGAUCGUGUUAUCUUCACCGGCAGGAAAAAAGCAUGAACGAGUUUUAAACAGAGACCUGCAAACGCACGGCCCAUGUCUUGUAGAAGAGAUGUUAGAUGUCGUGAUAACAGCUCGGAGACAUGUCAGACUGCACACUGAGUUAGACACAAUCGCUGCACGGUGUCUUUUUAUCAUCCUGUAGUACAUGCAGACAGGGGAGAGCACUAAUACACACAUUCACAGACAUCCUGCAGUCAUGUGGUAGAGAGGAUGGAGGUUCGACAUAAAGGAUUAGUCAGGAUGAGUUUCCGCCAUACAAAGCUUCGAGUUUUAAAUAUCAAAGUUAACUGUCAGUGUUUGGAGCAGGGGUGUGUCCAGAUUGGGGGGCCAUGGGAGGCUCUGACCCCAUAAAUAUAAAUCAAUCCCAUUACCUGCUUUCCGACUGAUCACCCAGCUGUGUUAAAUACUUGAUUCUGAUUGGUCAAAACCAUAGACUCUAUAUAGAAUGGACGCUGUCUGGGUGAAGCCACAGCGAGAACAGCACCCUCUGGUGACAGGCUGAAGUAUAGGUCAUAAAUCCCGCCUCCUCCAGCAAUCCUGAUGGAGCUGUGGACAAACUUUAGAAAUUUAUUACACAGAUUAUAAAUUUUGCGAUGUUGACAUGUAGUUACAGUAAGACUAGUUUGUGUUCAAGUCCUCUUUUUUCUGUACAGCUCCAUUUUUAAAAGUUAUUAGGGGGUUCAUAUUUUCUAUGAUUGACACCUGAUACAGCCUAUGGGCGUACGAAGAUUGAGGGAUAUGCUGUUUGAGCCGAGCGUCAUCACAGCGACUCUUCCGCCGAAUGUGUACAACACUACUGCGCAAGUGGUGGUUCCAGAAAGUGGAGAAAAUCCCAGAAAUACCGAGAUUUUAACAAUUUGGCUUCAAAUUCGUAUAAUGACGGAAGGCGGAGCCAAGUUUUCCAUGGUAUAUACAGUCUAUGGUCAAAACCUCUUGACAACCACUUGACGACUGUUACUAACUCUGCACGAGCAUCACAAAUUUGUUAGUUUUCAUUAACAUGCUGACUAAUUAGGAUAAAUAACUGUAUCUGGAUCCUGCAGUGGAAUCAUGAUCAUGAUCAGGGUCUUACUAAUUGACAAUGAGGAAUAUUUAUGAUUAGGGGGUAGCCUUUGAUUUUAGGUGACCCAAUGAUGUCCGUACUGCGGUGGCCCUGAGGUGCAAAACACAACGGCAAAUCACAAAACACAACACAAAAAGAGAAAACACAAGACAAAAAGAGGGUACCUAUGUUUUCCGGUUUGGUUAUUGCUGUUGUGUUUUCUCUUUUGCCAUCGUGUUUUCUGAUUUGUUGUUGUGUUUUCUGAUUUGCUGUUGUGUUUUGCACCUCAGGGCCUCCGUAUCAAACACACCUGACAUGCUUCAUAUGUUCAUCAGAUUAGACUCUGUCGUCACUUUUCAUUCAAAUUUAUCAGGAAAAUUAAAAUCUCCUAUGAAUAAACAGGCAGAGGAAAGAAUUUUUUUUAAUGAACAAAAGUUUGUCACAGAGCGAACAUGUCAAAAAAGCGCUAAAACGUGUAGAAAUCGCAGUAUCUGAGCUGCUGUCAUUGAACUUGGCUGUCCAAAAACUUCAAACUUCCAGACUUCAACUUUGGAGAAACUCUGCUCUGCAGACUGACACAGAUUUUUAAUGUAUGAGAAAUAUUUUAUUCAUCUGUUAUUUUAAUGUGGAAAGAGGCUAAAUAUUCCGACUUAAAAGAGACUUGGUUAUUAAUUUGCACCUUGCCUCCUUCAGAGAGGCGGCCUGUGUUUGAUCUGACCUCUUUUUCCAACAUUUAUUUCAGCUUGGCUUCAAAGACAAAGGAAAUGUGGGCCACCGUGCAGAUUUAAACAGCAUCAGAGAGCAUGUUACACCGGAUUUAAGAGUCCAUCAGGACUCACUUAAAGGGAUCAUUUUAUAUGCUGAGUAAUAAUCCAACAAGGAGAGGUUGUUUUAUCUGUAAUUCCCCGUAAUCCAAGAGAUUCAGGAAUGAGUUAAUUUACUUUAUUUUUGACUUUUUCUGAGGACACUUUCAACCUACAACCUACAACACUUUCAAAUUAUCGAAUCCAUCCAAUCAUCAACUUUAUGGAUAACCAUCCAGCUGAAAAAUUUAGAAAAGUUGGGGUUGUGUGUCGAAUACUGAUAAAAAUCAAAUUUUGACGGUUUUCUGAUCAUUUAAAUCCUAAUUUUGAUCGACUGUUGGUACAAAUGACAUCGCCAGCCAACAGUUUGAGGCUAAAAAACAGCCGCAGGAACAUUUCCCAGCUUAGUUAAAUAACCGGGUAUAAAAAAGGCAAAAAAAGGUUAGACCUCGUGAGUAAUCAGGUCAAUAAUUUGACAGGAAUUUGUCGUCUACAUUUCUCUACAAAAGGGUGGAGGUGGGUGGAUGUGAUCUUUGGGCGCUCAGGUGUUAAGAUCUGACGUGACUCUGGAGUGGAGGUCACCGCCUCAAACAUCAUAACCAAAACCUCCAGACGGCAGCUUCAUGAACAUAACCACUCCAAGAUGCCAUCCUCCGAAUGUGAGAGUAUGUUGGCGUCGCUUUCGUGCAACAGGAGGAGAUUAAGACACGUCAUCCAUCUUUAUAUAAAACCCUUCAGUAACCACCAACACAGAGGCAGAAAAACGAGUCUCAGAAGCGAGAACAAACCUGCGGACUCACCCUUUACUUCACACUAAAACCCACGCCGCUCUCCUCGCUUUUAUCUCCUUUGAAGAACUUGUUUUUAUCCAAAGAAAAGGGUAAAGGGGCGCUGAUUGGUAUUUAGCUGAUAUACCCGCCUCCACCUUGGGCCUAAACCACUAUCACACAAUCAAGCCCCGUUUUUCAAUCUCCGCCCGAUGAAGAGGAGAUAGCAGCUAAGGUGACCUCCUUCUGAAUGAGGCAGGCCGGGCUGUAUAAUUGGAUACACUCUGACGGCGUUAGAUUGGGUUUAUCCCAGGUUAGAAAUAAAAGAAAAAAGAGCCCUCACUGACCCUCUAUCUGGAUAUUUCUGAAUGAGAAUAAACAGUUAAAAGAGGCUCAAUGACGGGAUUUGUGGAAAUCUAGCAAAACUAAAACCUAGUUGGUUAAACAGCUCACAUAAAAACUCAUUAACAACAAUAGGAGGAUAGCUGACUGGUUACUAAAGCGGUUAUUUAGAAUGCGCUCAUCCCUGGAGUGAAAGUACGACUUGGAAACUCUUGUUUACGAACCAGUAAACCCAGUUCACAGGAGUGUUUAUCCUUUGCACACCAUGAACCCGGUGAAUAACAGUUAGCACGCUGAUCUAAUAUGCUUGUUCAUUAGUCAGGCCUCGCUGACUGACUGACUCUGCCUGAUUUGCUCAUCUCAGAGAUCCUCAGCCUCUAAAAUGCAUGAAGUUUGUGGGAGAACCGCGGCUCGUCUCCUAAUGUCUGAUGAUAACACGAACGUGAACUCGCUGCAGCAGCUCCGAUCAUAAAACAAAGACGUUCGGUGAUUCGCUCAAGGUCAUCGUCUACCCUCAGGUCCCGCUGACUGUAAAUCACUCUCCAUACGAGCAUCAGCCAAAUGCUUAAAAUGUAAAUGUCCCCAUCAUAGAGGCUGAACCCGGUGCCAGGCCUGCGGGGCCCGAUCAGUCUGCAGGCUGGGUGGUGCAGAGCGGAGCUGGCAGGGAGCAGAUGGGGGGCCGAGCAGAUCCUCUGAUGAGCUGCUGCUGAAAUUCACUGAUUGCGCUCGUUUAACAGAUCAGUUAAAUUCAGGAAUCAGGUCACCGACAUUACCUCUCUAUCCUCUCUCUGGUUGUUCUCGAAGCACAGCUGAUCUCUCCAUCCAAUCCAUUUUUUUCUUAUUCAUAAUCAGCUCAUCUGUCAAAUUGUUAACCUUUUCCAAACCGUAGCUCAUUAAGAUUGCUAAACCCUUUAAUUUGCACUUUGUGUUUCAUAUUUUGGCCACAGGAGGCGCCAAACCUGCACAGCUUUAACCGAGAAUCUUUGCAGCUGCUUUGAUUUAAUAUGACAUGAUACUUCAGCUCACAAGACUUUAUCUGAAUCAAACCUAAGAUUGUGUUUUUUUUAAUCUAAUCUAAUCUUUAUUUUUUAAAACUCUGUUCCAGAUUCGACCAAAUCUGACGACUUUUACCAGAAGAUUUUACCUUUAAACCCCUGGGACCAGAACAGGAUCUUCACUGAGAGGACAAAGUGA